UGCCGGACUUCCGGAAGCCAGAGCUGGCCGGGGAGGAAGUUGCUGAGACCCGGCCAAAAGAACGGGGGUUAAUUUAGAAAGAAAAACGGGGGGUGGGAAGAGCUAUAGGGCUAACCUGUCAGUUCGCCACCAUGAACGUGGUUUUUGCUGUAAAGCAAUACAUUUCCAAAAUGAUAGAGGACAGCGGACCUGGCAUGAAAGUACUUCUCAUGGAUAAAGAGACGACUGGCAUAGUGAGUAUGGUGUACACACAAUCAGAAAUUCUCCAGAAGGAAGUGUACCUUUUUGAACGCAUUGAUUCUCAAAAUCGAGAGAUCAUGAAACACCUGAAAGCAAUUUGUUUUCUUCGACCUACCAAGGAGAAUGUGGAUUAUCUGAUUCAGGAGCUCCGAAGACCUAAAUACAGUAUAUAUUUUAUUUAUUUCAGUAAUGUGAUAAGCAAGAGUGAUGUGAAGUCAUUAGCUGAAGCUGAUGAACAGGAAGUUGUGGCUGAGGUUCAGGAAUUUUAUGGUGAUUACAUUGCUGUGAAUCCACAUUUGUUUUCCCUCAAUAUUUUGGGUUGCUGCCAGGGUCGAAAUUGGGAUCCAGUCCAACUAUCCAGAACAACUCAAGGUCUGACAGCUCUCCUUUUAUCUCUGAAGAAAUGUCCGAUGAUUCGUUAUCAGCUUUCAUCAGAAGCAGCAAAGAGACUUGCAGAAUGUGUUAAGCAAGUGAUAACUAAAGAAUAUGAACUGUUUGAAUUCCGGCGGACUGAGGUCCCUCCGCUGCUACUUAUUUUAGAUCGCUGCGAUGAUGCCAUCACCCCAUUGCUAAACCAGUGGACAUACCAGGCCAUGGUCCAUGAACUACUGGGUAUAAACAACAAUCGGAUUGAUCUUUCCAGAGUGCCAGGAAUCAGUAAAGAUUUGAGAGAGGUGGUCCUAUCUGCUGAAAAUGAUGAGUUCUAUGCUAACAAUAUGUACCUGAACUUUGCUGAGAUUGGCAGCAACAUAAAGAAUCUCAUGGAAGACUUUCAGAAGAAGAAACCAAAAGAACAGCAAAAACUAGAAUCAAUAGCAGACAUGAAGGCCUUUGUUGAGAAUUACCCACAGUUCAAGAAGAUGUCUGGGACUGUGUCAAAGCAUGUGACAGUGGUUGGAGAACUAUCUCGGUUGGUCAGUGAGCGGAAUCUGCUGGAGGUUUCAGAGGUUGAACAAGAACUGGCCUGUCAAAACGACCAUUCUAGUGCUCUCCAGAACGUAAAGAGGCUCCUACAGAACCCCAGAGUGACAGAGUUUGAUGCUGCCCGCCUGGUGAUGCUUUAUGCGCUACAUUACGAGCGACACAGCAGCAAUAGCCUGCCAGGAUUAAUGAUGGACCUUAGGAAUAAAGGUGUUUCUGAGAAGUAUCGAAAGCUUGUGUCUGCAGUAAUUGAAUAUGGUGGUAAACGGGUCAGAGGAAGUGACCUCUUCAGCCCCAAAGAUGCUGUGGCUAUUACCAAGCAGUUCCUCAAAGGAUUAAAGGGAGUAGAAAAUGUAUAUACUCAGCAUCAACCUUUCUUACAUGAGACCCUGGACCAUCUCAUCAAAGGAAAGCUUAAAGAAAACCUGUAUCCUUAUCUAGGCCCCAGCACACUCAGAGACAGACCUCAGGAUAUCAUUGUGUUUAUCAUUGGAGGAGCCACCUACGAAGAGGCUCUAACAGUUUAUAACCUGAACCGUACCACUCCUGGAGUGAGGAUUGUCCUAGGAGGAACCACCGUGCACAACACGAAAAGUUUCCUAGAGGAAGUUCUGGCUUCUGGACUGCACAGCCGAAGCAAGGAAAGCUCUCAGGUUACAUCAAGGUCAGCAAGCAGAAGAUGAAAUGGUGAUGGAGAGGUGAGCCGAAUGGUGCAACUUCCCCUCUUGCGUCGCUGCAGGCUUUCUCCACUGACCAGAGGCAUGUUGGAGAAGAGCCUUGGGUUUUGUGUUUGUUGUUAUAACCCACAUCCAGGUAGCCUGCUGAUUCCUGAACUGUUGGCACAGACACCAAGACUCCCGGUGAUGAGUUGAGAAUAAGUCUGAGCCCAUUCCACUCCACUUUUCUCAUGGUUUCUUUAUCAAAUAAAUAAGUGUAUUGCUUAAUUAGCAGAUUGGGAUCAACUUAUAUACACUACUAUGUAUAAAAUAGAUAACUAAUGAGGACCUACUGUAUACAGCUAUAGCACGGGGAGCUCUCCUCCAUUCUCUGUGGUGACCUAAAUGGGAAAGAAACUAAAAACGAAGGGAUAUAAUGUAUACAUAUAGCUGACUGACUGCUGUACAGCAGAAACUAACACAACAUUGUAAAGGGACUAGACUUCAAUAAAAAUUAAUUUUUUUAAAUAGCUCAUGAACUCAUACUUAAUUUAGGCAAACUGAAUAGUAAGAACAAAAGUAUGUAUGUACAGAUGUUUACAGUAUUUGGAAUUAACAAUUAAACCAUUUGUAUCAGUUCAAAAAAAUGUAUUCCUUGUAUUUGAUAGCACAAUCACUUCAGUUUCUGAUGAAUUUUGUUGGGCUCUUACUUGAGUACAGGAUUAGAGCUUAAAGGAGUUUUAAAAAGUAAAAAUUAGAUGCAUAUACUACAGACUCUCUUCUCUUGACCCCUUUUAUUUUUCAUUAACGUCACAUUUCUACACAAAUCAUUUCUGAAAACUCAUAUUUCUAUAAGAACCAUCCAAAAAUUGUUUGUCCCUAAAUUGCAGUUUUCUGUGGUACUGAGAAACCAUGUAUGAAGACAAUAAAAGUCCAUUUUAUGAAAAGAUA